AUGGUGAAGGAGCAGUUCCGAGAGACAGAUGUGGCCAAGAAAAUAAGCCACAUCUGUUUUGGAAUGAAGUCACCUGAAGAGAUGCGCCAGCAGGCGCACAUCCAGGUUGUGAGUAAGAACCUGUAUAGCCAGGACAACAACCACGCCCCCUUGCUGUAUGGUGUGCUUGACCAUAGGAUGGGUACAAGUGAGAAGGACCGUCCUUGCGAGACCUGUGGGAAGAACCUGGCUGACUGUCUGGGACACUACGGGUACAUUGACUUGGAGUUGCCAUGCUUCCAUGUGGGCUACUUCAGAGCAGUUAUAGGCAUCUUACAGAUGAUCUGUAAAACCUGCUGCCACAUCAUGCUGUCCCAGGAGGAGAAGAAGCAGUUUCUGGAUUACCUGAAGAGACCCGGCCUGACCUACCUCCAGAAACGUGGCCUGAAGAAGAAAAUCUCUGAUAAGUGCCGGAAGAAAAACAUCUGCCAUUACUGCGGUGCUUUUAAUGGUACUGUAAAGAAAUGUGGAUUACUGAAGAUAAUUCAUGAGAAAUACAAGACCAACAAAAAAGUGGUGGAUCCUAUUGUAUCAAAUUUCCUCCAGUCUUUUGAAACAGCCAUCGAGCAUAACAAAGAAGUAGAACCGCUGCUGGGAAGGGCGCAGGAAAACCUGAAUCCCUUAGUAGUUCUGAAUUUAUUUAAACGAAUCCCAGCUGAAGAUGUCCCUCUACUUCUAAUGAACCCAGAAGCUGGAAAGCCCUCUGAUUUGAUUCUCACGCGACUUUUAGUGCCCCCUUUGUGUAUCAGACCCUCCGUCGUGAGUGAUUUGAAGUCUGGCACCAAUGAAGAUGAUCUGACAAUGAAACUGACAGAAAUCAUUUUCCUAAAUGAUGUCAUCAAAAAGCAUCGCAUAUCAGGAGCUAAGACCCAGAUGAUCAUGGAAGACUGGGAUUUCCUGCAGCUGCAGUGCGCCCUCUACAUUAACAGUGAGCUCUCGGGCAUCCCCCUCAACAUGGCGCCCAAGAAAUGGACCAGAGGUUUUGUCCAGCGCCUAAAGGGAAAACAGGGUCGAUUUAGAGGCAACCUUUCAGGAAAGAGAGUGGAUUUUUCUGGCAGAACAGUCAUCUCACCUGACCCCAACCUCAGGAUUGAUGAGGUAGCCGUGCCAGUUCACGUGGCCAAAAUUCUUACUUUUCCUGAGAAGGUGAACAAAGCAAACAUCAACUUUUUGAGGAAACUGGUUCGAAAUGGCCCUGAAGUUCACCCAGGAGCCAAUUUCAUUCAGCAGAGACACACACAGAUGAAAAGGUUUUUGAAGUACGGAAAUAGGGAAAAGAUGGCUCAGGAGCUCAAGUACGGGGACAUCGUGGAGAGGCACCUCAUAGAUGGAGAUGUGGUGCUGUUCAAUCGGCAGCCCUCACUGCACAAAUUGAGCAUUAUGGCGCAUCUGACGAAAGCAAAUCUUGUAACACCAAGGAAUGGAGAACCACUGAUUGCUGCUAUUCAGGACUUUCUAACAGGUGCCUAUCUCCUCACUCUUAAGGACACUUUCUUUGACCGAGCCAAGGCCUGCCAAAUCAUUGCUUCAAUAUUAGUUGGCAAGGACGAGAAAAUUAAAGUUCGCCUCCCACCACCUACAAUAUUAAAGCCUGUCACCCUGUGGACAGGAAAGCAGAUAUUCAGCGUCAUCCUCAGACCUAGUGAUGACAAUCCAGUAAGGGCCAAUCUCCGAACCAAGGGAAAGCAGUACUGUGGCAAAGGAGAAGAUCUCUGUGUCAACGAUUCCUACGUUACCAUCCAGAACAGUGAGUUGAUGAGCGGCAGCAUGGACAAGGGAACGUUGGGAUCAGGAUCGAAGAACAAUAUUUUUUACAUUUUGCUGCGAGACUGGGGGCAGAACGAAGCUGCCGAUGCAAUGUCACGGCUUGCCAGGCUGGCUCCUGUCUACCUCUCAAACCGUGGAUUCUCCAUCGGGAUUGGUGACGUCACACCUGGUCAAGGGUUGCUAAAGGCCAAGUAUGAGUUGCUGAAUGCUGGCUAUAAAAAAUGUGAUGAAUACAUUGAAGCCCUAAACACAGGAAAGCUGCAGCAGCAGCCUGGUUGCACCGCUGAGGAGACUCUAGAGGCUCUGAUCCUGAAGGAGCUGUCUGUGAUCCGCGACCACGCGGGCAGUGCCUGCCUCCGGGAACUGGAUAAGAGCAAUAGCCCACUCACUAUGGCUCUGUGUGGCUCCAAAGGUUCUUUCAUUAACAUAUCACAGAUGAUUGCCUGUGUAGGACAGCAAGCCAUCAGUGGCUCUCGAGUGCCAGAUGGCUUUGAAAACAGGUCCUUGCCUCACUUUGAAAAACACUCAAAGCUCCCAGCUGCCAAAGGCUUUGUGGCUAAUAGCUUUUAUUCCGGUUUGACACCGACCGAGUUUUUCUUCCACACAAUGGCUGGCCGGGAAGGUCUAGUCGACACAGCCGUAAAGACUGCUGAAACGGGAUACAUGCAGAGAAGGCUUGUCAAGUCCCUUGAAGAUCUUUGCUCACAAUACGAUCUGACAGUCCGAAGCUCUACGGGUGAUAUUAUCCAGUUCAUUUACGGGGGAGAUGGCUUGGAUCCUGCAGCUAUGGAGGGAAAAGAUGAACCUUUAGAGUUCAAAAGGGUUCUGGACAACAUCAAAGCAGUCUUCCCGUGUCAGAGCGAGCCUGCGCUGAGUAAAAACGAGCUGGUCCUGACCACGGAGUCAAUCAUGAAGAAGACGGAGUUCCUCUGCUGCCAGGACAGCUUCCUGCAGGAAAUAAAAAAAUUCAUUAAGGGUGUUUCUGAGAAGAUCAAGAAAACCAGAGACAAAUACGGCAUCAACGAUAACGGCACAACAGAGCCCCGGGUGUUGUACCAGUUGGACCGGAUCACCCCCACCCAGAUUGAGAAGUUCCUGGAGACCUGCAGGGACAAGUACAUGAGGGCACAGAUGGAGCCGGGUUCUGCGGUGGGUGCACUCUGUGCCCAGAGCAUUGGUGAACCAGGCACCCAGAUGACCCUGAAGACUUUCCACUUUGCGGGCGUGGCCUCCAUGAACAUCACCCUGGGUGUACCCCGGAUCAAAGAGAUCAUCAACGCUUCCAAGGCCAUCAGCACUCCCAUCAUCACAGCCCAGCUGGACAAGGACGACGACGCAGACUACGCUCGCCUCGUGAAGGGCAGAAUUGAGAAAACCCUCUUGGGAGAGAUUUCAGAGUAUAUUGAAGAAGUGUUUCUUCCGGAUGAUUGCUUUAUCCUCGUCAAACUCUCCCUGGAACGGAUCAGACUUCUGAGACUGGAAGUGAACGCUGAGACAGUGCGGUAUUCCAUCUGCAUGUCUAAGCUCCGUGUGAAGCCUGGUGACGUGGCCGUUCACGGUGAGGCCGUGGUGUGCGUCACCCCCAGAGAGAACAGCAAAAGCUCCAUGUACUAUGUGCUGCAGUUCCUGAAAGAGGAUCUCCCCAAGGUGGUGGUACAGGGCAUCCCAGAGGUUUCCAGAGCUGUCAUCCACAUCGACGAGCAGAGUGGAAAGGAAAAGUACAAACUCCUGGUGGAGGGCGAUAACCUGCGGGCAGUCAUGGCCACUCACGGUGUGAAGGGCACCCGCACUACCUCCAACAACACCUACGAGGUGGAGAAAACCCUGGGCAUCGAAGCUGCCCGGACAACUAUCAUCAACGAAAUCCAGUACACGAUGGUCAACCACGGAAUGAGCAUUGACAGGAGGCACGUGAUGCUGCUAUCUGACCUGAUGACCUACAAGGGUGAAGUCCUGGGCAUUACGAGAUUUGGCCUGGCCAAGAUGAAAGAGAGUGUGCUGAUGCUGGCCUCCUUUGAGAAGACAGCCGACCAUCUCUUCGAUGCUGCCUACUUCGGGCAGAAGGACUCCGUGUGUGGGGUGUCUGAAUGCAUCAUCAUGGGGAUCCCCAUGAACAUUGGAACUGGGCUCUUCAAGCUGCUACACAAGGCCGACAGGGACCCAAGCCCUCCCAGGAGGCCCCUGAUCUUCGACACAAAUGAAUUCCACAUCCCCCUUGUCACAUAG